CAAAGAGCAGAAUAAUUCUCCAGGCGUUCAGGGGGCGAUCUAUUUGCCAAUUACAACUUGGUAUUCCUGGGGGUGGGUUCUGGCUUGCAACACUCAGCUCGCGUAUGCAACUAUUGUUCUCAAGCCAACAACUUGCUUUGGGACUCAACUCGACACCCCGAGAUAGUCGACCCACCAACAAUCCCCAACUCCCCAACUCCCCAACUCAACUCAUAUUCGACUCCAUCAUGGCGCCCAGCAAGUCAACAAACUUCAGGACCUAUGAGGCCCAGACUCGCCUCUUGGCCGCCGUCAUUGCGACGGCCAACCCAAAGCUCGACUUCAAUGAACUGGCCAAGCAUGCCGGCAGCAACUGCACUCCAUCCUCCAUUGACCACCGCCUGCGCCCUCUCAAGCAGCUUGCACAGCUGCAGAGGACUUGGCUUGCCGCUGGCAAAGACCCGGCAGACUUGCCGACGGAGAAAGCAGCCAUCCAAAAGCUCUUUGGCGAGUCCACUCCAGCUGGCCUCGAAUGGCAGUUUCGAGACAUCAAGAAGCUCGGCAAGGCGCAGCAGGCGGCCGUAAGCAAGGGCGAGUCGCCCGUCAAUGUCAUGGGCGAGGUCAUGGGCAAGCGAGGUGCCGGCUCAGCAGUGUCUACCCCAAGUGGCAGAGCCAGCAAGCACGCCGCCGCUCCGACUCCGGGCAGCCGCGCGUCGACCAUCACUAUGGGCACGGCGGCGAGCAGCGCCCGCAAGCGCAAAGCAAAGGCCAACUACAACCUCGCCGAGGACUCUAACGAAGUCUCGGACGAGGACAGCGACUACUCGGCCAAGGACGUCGACCUGGAAGCCACACCGAGCCGCAAACGGAACAGGCAGCUCGGCAACGGCAACCCGGCUGCUGCUAUGGGAGGUACCAGCAACGGAACGCCGAGAGUCAGCAACUUGCCUGUCGGUAACGGCGCUCAGCUCUUUGCUGCCCAGCCGCAACAGCAGGACCCCGUCGAUUCUAUCGCGGCCGGCUCUCCCCGUGCUCCUCAGGCUCGGAUUCCUGCGCAUCUUAACGUUUCGCCCCGCAAGGACAUCCCCGUGCCGCACGAGGUCAUCGACCUCUCCGGUGGUUCUCCCGACGCCGUUUCUACGAUGCCAAUGGCAGGCAUGUCACAUGUCCAGCACCAACAGCCGCAUCCGCAUACCAUCAAGGCCAAGUUGCCCGUCCACAAUGCCAAUACCCAGGACAGCACAAACGGGUUCACCAGCAGCCACACUUCCAGCCACGCUGCCGGUGCCGCAGCGUUCAGCUUUGAUGGCGCUGGCGAUGGUGACGAUCCGUUCGCUGGACACGACGGCUACGCGCCGCCCAGCGGCUUCAGCACAGCCCGGGAUCACGCCUCGUUCGUGAGCCAUGCGUUCGAGGACGGGUACCAUGACGGGUAUGGCCAACCCACAUCAGACGAUGAAUGUUAAGGAUCAAGUCAACCUCGACUUGAUUCCUUCAUACGAAGGCGCCAUCUGCGCCAAUCGAGACUCAGUACUCGCGCGAUGGCCUCUCAGCACGGCAGAAUCGUUCACUGAUGGGCGAUGAUUACUCUACUCAACCAUUUCCCUACUUGGUACAGCGUUUUGACUUAGAUGACACCACAAUACCCUUGUCUGCAUCACACCAUAUUACGAGGCCGACUGGGCUCUCAUGUACGACAGAAAUAUAC